GGGCCCGGCCAGCUGCUGAUCCUCCCGGCUGACACGGGGCGGGGGGAGAGGGGCCUUAUAGGUGGAGUCCACCGCUGAGAAACAUCUAGCACAGGUAAAAGGGUGGCGGCGCGAGGGAGUUUCCAGCGGGAGCUUUCUUAGAGAAAUGAAGACUAAAGACAAAUAGCAAGGAGGGGCCACCUUGUGCCUUUCGGACGCGCCGGCAGCCCCACCCUCCUGCCGAGGGAAAAGCCCCUGGAGUGAGAGGCUGUGGCUUCAGAAAAGCUCUUCUCCCCGUGUUCCACCUUCUCUGCCUUUGGCUCCUCCGCCGCACGCGCCCCCGGAGCCUUCCCACCCGGAGCCCCGCCGCCUGCGCCGGCGACCUGAGCCCGUUGCGCUGCGCCCAUGGCGGCUGCCCGACCCGCGAGCUCCCGGGGAGGAGUCCUCCGCCCGCAGCUCCUGCUGACCCUCGCGAUCUUAACACUUGCUUGUGAUGCAUGUGAAGAAGCAGUACUUCAUGUGCCCUCUGAACUAGAAGCUGACAAAUUUGUAGGCAGAGUUGACCUGAAGGGCUGCUUUCGAUCUGCCAAUCUAAUUCAUUCAAGUGAUCCUGAUUUUAAAGUCUUAGAAGAUGGCUCCAUCUAUACAAGACAUUCUAUCACUUUGUCCUCAGAGAAAAGACAUUUUACAAUAUUGCUUUCCAACACUGAGAACCAAGAAAAUAAGGAAAUACUUGUCAUUUUAGUUCAUCAAACAAAGGUACUGAAGAAAAGACAUUCUACAGAAAUGGUUCUAAGACGUGCCAAGAGACGAUGGGCUCCUAUUCCUUGUUCAAUGUUAGAGAAUUCCUUGGGUCCUUUCCCACUCUUUCUUCAACAGGUUCAAUCUGACACAGCACAAAAUUACACUAUAUACUAUUCCAUCAGAGGGUCUGGAGUCGACAGAGAACCUAAAAAUUUAUUUUAUAUAGAAAGAGAUACUGGAAACCUGUUUUGUACUGGUCCUAUAGAUCGUGAGCAGUAUGAAUCUUUUGAGAUCACUGCUUUUGCAACAACUCCAGAUGGAUAUACUCCAGAGCUUCCACUGCCUCUCCUGAUCAGAAUUGAGGAUGAGAAUGACAACUACCCAGUAUUUACAGAAAAAGUUUAUACUUUUUCAGUUCUUGAAAACUGCAGGAUUGGUACUACUGUGGGGCAGGUAUGUGCUACAGACAAAGAUGAACCUGACACAAUGCACACACGCCUCAAGUACUCCAUCAUUGAGCAGAUCCCAGCGUCACCCACGAUGUUUUCUGUGCAUCCAGAUACAGGUGUGAUCACCACUACUUCAUCUCAGCUAGACAGAGAGUUACUUGAUAAGUACCAGCUAAAACUAAAAGUACAAGACAUGGGUGGCCAGUAUUUUGGCUUGCAGACCACUUCAAUCUGCGUCAUUAAUAUUGGAGAUGUCAAUGACAACUUGCCAACGUUCACUCGUAAUUCUUAUGUAACAUCAGUGGAAGAAAAUAGAAUUGAUGUGGAAAUCUUACGUGUUUCUGUUGAGGAUAAGGAUUUAAUUAAUACUCCUAACUGGAGAGCUAAUUAUACCAUUUUAAAGGGCAAUGAAAAUGGAAAUUUUAAAAUUGUAACAGACCCUAAAACCAAUGAAGGAAUUCUAUGUGUGAUUAAGCCACUGAAUUUUGAAGAGUUACAACAGGUGAUCCUGCAAAUCGGCGUCCUUAAUGAAGCCCCGUAUUCUAAAGAUCCUACUAUAAGAUCAGCCUUAAGCACAACAACAGUUACUGUUAACGUGAAAAACCUGGACGAAGGGCCUGAGUGUAGCCCCAGGGUGCAAACUGUUCAAAUUAAAGAAGAUUCACCAGUGGGAUUUGAAAACAAUGGCUAUAAAGCUUAUGACCCAGAAACAAAAAGUAGCAGUGGCAUAAGAUACAAGAAAUUAACUGAUCCAAAAGGUUGGGUCAGUGUUGAUGAAAACUCGGGAGCAAUCAGAGUUUUCAGAAGUCUGGACAGAGAGUCAGAGACCAUCAGAAAUGGUAUAUAUAAUAUUACAGUUAUAGCAUCUGACCACGAUGGAAGAUCAUGUACUGGGACAUUGGGAAUUAUACUUGAAGACGUGAAUGAUAAUGGCCCCAUCAUCCCUAAACAGACUGUGACAAUCUGCAAGCCUGUCAUGUCAUUUGCGGAGAUUGUUGCUAUUGAUCCCGAUCAUCCGGUGAAUGGUCCACCCUUUAGCUUCAGUUUGGAGAGUCCCUCUAACUUAGAUGAAUCAAGAAAGUGGAGACUGACAAGAAUUAAUGAUACAGCAGCACGUCUUUCCUAUCUGAGUGACCUUCCAUUUGGAGCAUACACAGUACUUAUCAAAGUUACAGAUAGACAUGGCCUAUCAGCUAUCACACCAGUAAACGUUCGGAUAUGUGAUUGCAUUACUGAAAAUGACUGCACACUUCGCGCAGAUCCAAGAACCGGCAGUGGAGAAAUAAAGCUUGGAAAGUGGGCUAUUCUUGCAAUAUUGCUGGGCAUAGCAUUACUGUUUUGUAUCCUAUUCACCUUAAUCUGUGGCACUGUUAGGAGUCCUAAAGAAACAAAAGUAAUUCCUGAUGAUUUAGCUCAACAGAACCUCAUUGUGUCAAACACUGAAGCUCCUGGUGAUGACAAAAUGUAUCCCACAAAUGGCUUCACUUGUGCAACCCAUACGGUGGGCAGCGUGGCUCAUGGAGUUUGUGGCCCCGUGGGAGCAGGAGCAAGAAACGGUGGGCAGGAGACUAUCAAAAUGAUGAAAGGAGGACAGCAGACCCUGGAAACCUUCCAAGCGGGUGGACAUAAUCACACUCUGGACUCCUGCAUGGUCGGUGGACAGCACACCCUGGAUUCCUGCAAGGGAAGGCAUGUGGAGGUGGAGGACUGUAGACUGACUUACUCCGAGUGGCAAAGUUUCACCCAACCCCGUCUUGGUGAAAAGGUACAGCUGUGUAACCAGGAUGACAAUCACCAGCAUGCUCAAGACUAUGUUCUGAAGUAUAACUAUGAAGGAAGAGGCUCGGUGGCUGGUUCUGUAGGUUGUUGCAGUGAACGACAAGAAGAAGAUGAACUUGACUUUUUAGACCAUUUGGAACCCAAGUUUAGGUCACUAGCAGAAGCAUGCGUAAGGAGAUGAGUGUACUCUAGUGGCCAAUAAAAAAACAAUGGCCUUUUCACCUUUUUUUUUUAAAAUGACAAUCUAGGAAAUUGAAAAAAAAAUCUAUAUAUAAAAAAGGUUCUGUCUAGAAUUCUCUCCCCCUUUAUUUUGAUGAGCCGGCUUCAAUCAAGUGCAUAUUUAGAGAGAUUCUCUAAAAUAAGCAAAUUUCCCAGUGUUGGCAUAGGUUUUAGUUAUUUAUCUCUCACCCAGGAGUAACUAAAAUUGAAAAAACAGUCAUUGUUAUUUACAUAUGAGUAUAAUUAUAAUAAUAGCCAAUUUAUUGUGUGAUAAAGUAUGAUCAAUUCAAAUCACUAUCAUGGAUAAGUAAUAGAAAAAUUAUUGUUUGUUGUUGUCAAUUUCUAUUACAACUAAUAGAAAAUCCCCAACUAAUUGAAUUUUUAUGUGGUACUUGAAAACUGUUGUUCUACUGAACAUUCUAAUAUAUAUGUCUUUUAUUCUUUAUAACUUAUCUUCAUGAUAAAGGAGAUUUCCAAGCAGGCAAUGAUUGUCAUUUCAAUUCCAUUUUUAUAGUGGAAUUUUUAUUCCAUUUUUUAGCUUCUAGGUUAUAGUCUAUAUGAGAUACUGUACUGUAUGUACAUUUCCUCUGCUAACUAACUUGUUGGUGAAAUCCAAGUUUGAAAUAUGCUUUGAGAAUGUAUUUUUACUUAGUCAAGGCUUUAUUUUUCAGUGUCUCCCCUUCCCUUCUUCAGUCUUCUCCCUUCUAUCCUCUCAUUUUUAACAUUCCUAUUUAGGUUUGAGAACUUAAUAAUAAAAAAAAAAUCUCUUCUACCAUAAUUAUUCUGUCUCUGUUUUAAGUAAGCAUGAGCAUUUUGGGGUUUUAUUAAAAUCAAUGUAAUGUUCACCUCAUUGUUUCAGAUAUCUUAGGAAUUAUUCUACUUUGUCCUCAACAAAAACUCUUAAUUUUGUCCCUGAAACUGUGGAAAUAUGUUACAUUUUGUUAACUGCAGCCUUUUGUACUAACAGAAGAAAUAAUGAAAUUAAAAUUGGGAACUGCAAAUUCAGUGGAUAAUAAUAGCAUAUUUACAGGUAAUAGCUUUAAUACAGCGAUAAAAUUCAAAAGUAAAAAUAAAACAUGAUUUUUUUUGAUAGAGGUCUUGUGGAAAAUAUCCAGGAAUAACUAGUUAAGAAAUUUUUAGAUGAAAAGGCUAGUUUUAUCUGUGCAUUUGUAAAGUUAUGUUUAAUAGCUAAUUAUUUUUUAGGAUAAAUGUUUUAGAAAAUAUAAGAAUGGGCUAAAAAUCUUUUAAUUUUGAAAUAAGAUAAAACUGCAUGUAUAGCUAACUAAGCUCCUAGUCAGGCUCCACAGUUAAAUUCAGUCAAUGAGUUUCCUGUGUGAAUAACAGCCAUAUAGAUAUUUUAAAUAUGUCUAGUAUUAUGAUUGUUAAUAAUAUACCUAUCUUGAAUUCACAAAGUGACUUUCAACAAUUGGCUUUACAGAUUAGUGCUAAGUACUUAAUAAGCAGUUCACAUUUUCAACUGUUUCAUUACUAUUUAAUGAAAACUGGUAUUUCUUAAAGUUAAUUUUAAUAAACUAUGUACAUAAUUCUUGUUUAUUAUUACUUACGAUAAAGUAAAUCAAACACUUUUAAAAACUAGUGUUGUUGUGUUUUUUUUAAUGUAUGUACCUGUCAUGAUUUAAAGGGGUUGUAUUUGUCAUCCUUAGAGAAGUAAUUUUUUUUCUAGAAUCUGCUACAGUUUUUAGACUUUUAGGGUUUGACUUGGAGUGACUUAAUCCAUGCUGUCACCAUAUUUACAUAAUUGUACUAGUGUAAAGACAGAUGCCAUGCUAUACUGGCUGAGUAGGCUAAUUUCUCUGUGUGGUUUUCUCAUCAUAAAAUGGGGAUAAUAGAACUCAUUUCCUAGUGUUGUAAAACAUUUGAAUAAAAAAUGGGUUUUUAAGCCUGAA